UUCCAGUUUUGGGAAAUCAAAGUGGUUUUGCACUUUGCAUGAGUUGUGUUUGCCCAGUCAAUACUUCGAACUGACUAUAAGCGGUGUAACGCCAGGAAAGAGGAGCACUGCUAGUUGAAAAAUCACGUAAAAUAUGUUUGUCAAUUCCAGCUUCCAGAUUACGUCCAUUUGAGUUUGUCGAGUAUUAAGGUGAUUCUUCAGAGCCCUUUCUUUCAGCUUUGAAUUCACUUCAUUUACUCUUCACAGAGAUGGUUUUGCCUUUUGUUUUCUUGACUUUUCUCCUCUGCAAUUGUAAUCCUCCUGUGGCUUCACUAAAUGUUGAAGGACUUGCUCUUCUAUCCUUCAAAAAAGCCAUACAGAACUUCCCAGAAGGCUAUCUAAACAAUUGGAACAACUCAGACGAUAAUCCGUGUGGAUCGUAUCCAUGGAAGAGAGUUGUAUGCAGAGAAGGAAAAGUCCUUUCUCUCAGCAUUCCAAACAAGAAUCUUUCAGGGUUUCUUCCACCUGAUCUUGGAAAGCUCUCUUCUCUUCACCAUCUUAAUCUCAGGAACAACAACUUUUAUGGAAGUUUACCAAUCGAGCUCUUCAAUGCAUCAAAUUUACAAAGUUUGAUCCUAUCAGGAAAUUCAUUUUCUGGGCCUGUUCCUCCUCAAAUAGGGAAUCUCACCAACCUACGAUUUCUAUAUCUUUCUCAAAAUUCAUUUAAUGGCUCGAUACCUUCAUCUCUAGUUCAAUGCAAGAGAUUAAAAGCUUUAGUCCUCAAUAACAACAGUUUGAAUGGCUCUCUCCCAAAUGGUUUUGGAACCAAUUUAACUACACUUCAAAAGCUUGACGUUUCCUUCAACAAAUUGAGUGGUCUGAUCCCCAACGACAUUGGCCAAUUAUCAAGCUUGAAGGAUACUCUUGAUUUGUCUCACAAUCUUUUCGGUGGUUCUGUUCCAGCAACUCUAGGAAACCUUCCAGAGAAAGUGUUCAUAGAUCUCAGCCAUAACAAUCUUACCGGCCCCAUAGCCCAAGUUGCGGGCCUACUAAAUUUAGGACCACCGGCUUUCAUAGACAACCCUUUGCUCUGCGGACCCCCUUUGAAAGUUUUAUGUCCUCCAGAAACUUUUCCUAAACCCGACCCUGCUGACCCUUCUAUUAAACCAAAGAAAGUCCAUUCAAGUUCCAGAGCAGUGAUUGCAGCUGUUUCCAUUGCCAUGGUUGUGGGUAUCUGCACAAUCGGGAUGUUGUUCUAUCACAGGUACAAGGAUUCUUGUGCCUGUAAGCGGGGCAACGGUGUUGGCAGCAGCCCCUUAGGAGAAAAGUUGACACUUAGACAGAAGAUUUCCUGCUUCACAAAAAAUGACUUGGAAACUUUAUCAGAAGUUAUGGAGCAGUAUGAAUUUGUGCCAUUAGACUCACAGGUUGAUUUUGAUCUUGAGCGCCUCCUGAUAGCAUCAGCUUUCCCUCUGGGUAAGAGCAGAAUUGGCAUUGUGUAUAAAGUUGAUUUGAGCAAUGGGCCAACCAUGGUGGUAAGAAGAUUGGGGCGUGGAGGCUGGCAAAGGUUCAAGGAGUUCCAAACUGAGGUGGAAGCGAUUGGAAAGCUUAGGCAUCUAAAUAUUGUCAGUCUCCGUGCUUAUUUCUGGUCUGUCGAGGAGAAGCUUCUCAUCUACGAUUACAUACCCAAUGGUGACCUUACCACUGCACUUCAUGGGAAAGCUGGAAUGUUUUACAGACCUCUCUUAUGGUCUGUUCGUCUGAGAAUCAUAAAAGGAAUAGCAAGAGGAUUGGCUUUUCUACAUGAGUUCAGCCCCAGAAGGUAUGUCCACGGAGAUUUGAGGCCCAGCAAUAUUCUGCUAGGACAAAACAUGGAGCCCCAUAUCUCUGAUUUUGGACUUCGCCGCCUUGCUAAUAUAACUGAGGAAUCGCAAGCAUCCCUAUGUGAACAAACAACCAAUGGAACACCACAACAGAGUUCUCCAUGUGAUUUUACCGUGAGAAACUCUACCUUGAGCACUUCUUGUUAUCAAGCUCCUGAAUUUUCAAAAGUCAGAAAGCCAACACAGAAGUGGGAUGUGUACUCGUAUGGAGUAAUCAUACUGGAGAUGAUAUCUGGGAAGCUGCCAAUGAUUCAGAUAGGUUCCCUAGAAAUGAAUCUUGUUCAAUGGAUUCAUCUCAUGCUUGAGCACGGGAAGCUGAUGAUAGAUAUCUUGGACCCCCUCUUAGCUCGUGAUCUCAACAAGGAAGAUGAGAUGGCUGCUGUGCUAAAAAUCGCUCUUGCCUGUGUCUGUAAGAGCCCUGAUAAGAGACCUUCUAUGGGGCAUGUCUUUGAUAGUUUGGACAGACUAACAUCACCCAUUGAAUAACAGAACAUGCUUGAUGAAGUAAAAGAAUUCACUCAAUAAAAGACAUGCCAGAUGAGUGCCACGAUUAAUGAAGGGGAGCAAAGAUUUUCGAGUUAGUAUCACCGUACAUAGUUUUCUUUUAUGUUUCUAAUCUGGCUCUGCUAGGUAAAAAUGUUUUCCUUCCCUAUAUUUAUCGGAUUCUUCUUCCCAGUUUCUCUUGAA